UGGCUCCUCAUUUCAGAGAAAACAAAGCUCAGUCUCUCUUUCUGUCAGUGUGUGAGUUCAAGAAAAUGGCCGAAGCCAGUAUUUCAAUAGAUCAGGACCAGUUCCUCUGUUCAGUGUGUCUGGAUCUACUGAAGGAUCCAGUGACGAUCCACUGUGGUCACAGUUUCUGUAAGGUGUGCAUUAAUGACUGCUGGGAUCAGGAUGAUAAGAGCGGAGUUUAUCGCUGUCCUCAGUGCAGAGACACUUUCACACCAAGGCCUGUUCUACGCAGAAACAAUAUGCUGUCUGAAGUGGUGGAGAAACUGAAGAAGAAGAAGACUGAAGUCCAAGCUGCUUCUCCUGCUCACUGUUACGCUGGACCUGGAGAUGUGGAGUGUGAUUUCUGCACCGGGAGAAAACACAAAGCCGUCAAGUCCUGUCUGAUGUGUCUGGCCUCCUUUUGUGAAACUCAUCUGAAACCUCACUAUGAAGUUCCUUCCUGGAAAAAGCACAAGUUAGUUGAAGCUUCUGGAAAUCUGCAAGAGAAGAUCUGCUCUGAGCAUGAUGAAGUGUUGAAGCUCUACUGUCGUACUGACCAAAGCUUCAUCUGUUGUCUGUGUAUGAUGGAUGAACACAAAAGCCACGACACCGUCUCAGUUAAAGCAUACCGAAGUGAAAAACAGAGUGAGUUAAAGGACGAGCAGAUGAUAUCCCAGCAGAGAAUCCAGGAGAAGCAGAAGAAGGUGCAGGAGCUGAAACAGGCUGUGAACACUAUAAAGCUCAUUGCACAGAGAGCAGUGGAGGACAGCGAGAGGAUCUUUACUGAGCUGAUCAGCUCCAUGGAGAAAAAGCGCUCGGAUGUGACGGAGCUGAUCAGAGAUCAGAAGGCUGAACUGAGUCGAGCUGACCGACUCCUGGAGCAACUGGAGCAGGAGAUUGCUGAUCUUCAGAGGAGAGUCACUGAGCUGGAGCAGCUUUCACACACACACGAUCACAUCACUUUCCUCCAGAGUUUCCAGUCUCUCUGUGUUUCUUCUGGACGUGAGGACUCACCCAGCAUCACUGUCAAUCAACAUCUCUCAUUUGGUGGAGUGAGGAAAUCUCUCUCUGAUCUGAAAAAGAGACUCGAGGAAUUCUGCCAGGAGGAACUCAUCAAAAUCCCUGAACAUGUUGAAGACGUUCAGAUUUUACUCUCAGAGCCAAAGAGCAGAGACGAGUUUCUGAAAUAUUUCUGUGAUUUGACUCUGGAUCCCAACACAGUAAAUUAUCACCUCAUUCUGUCUGAGAAGAACAGAGUGGUGACGUUCACUGAGAGAUAUCAGCCGCACUCUGAUCAUCCAGAGAGAUUUGACUCCUACUGGCAGGUGUUGUGUAAGGAGAGAGUGUGUGGACGCUGUUACUGGGAGGUGGAGUGGCGCGCUAAGGGAUGUGUGUACAUAUCAGUCUCAUAUAAAGACAUCAGAAGGAAAGGACUGAGUAAUGACGGUGGGUUUGGAAGCAACAAUGGGUCCUGGAGUCUGUGCUGUUCUUCUUCUUCGUCUCUCUUUUUCUUUCACAACAGCAUUGCGACUGAUCUCAGAGUUCCAUCCCCCUCCAGAAUAGGAGUGUAUGUGGACCACAGUGCAGGAACUCUGUCCUUCUACAGUGUCUCUGACACGAUGAAGCUCCUCCACAGAGUCCACACCACAUUCACUCAGCCUCUAUACGCUGGGUUCUGGCUCUACUGGUGUAAAUCAGGGUCAACUAUGAGGUUGUGUGAUCCAAAAAAAUAGAGUUUUUGGUGUUUUCGUCACUAAUUUGUCAAUUAAAAAAAGCUCCAUGCACAUUUCCUUAUUAAUCCUCAAUUGUGAAAAAAUUGUGAAUAUUAAAUCAUUCAAAAUAUGAAAUAUUAAAAAAAUGCUCUGCAUAUAGGCUCAGCCUAGAAUCAACAGUUACAGAUACAGUGCUCAGCGUAAAUGAGUACACCCCCUUACACUAAAAGAGGUCAUUGUUGAAGAAUGGAAAAAGAUCGAUGUUGCAAAAUGUCGCCAACUUGUUCAUUCCAUGUUAGAAGACUUGGUGCUGUCAUUUAAAAAUCAUGUAGGCCAUACAAUGUACUAGAUGUAGUAGUUUUUGUUGUGGGGUGUACUCAUUUUUGCACCACCCUAAUUUGAGUAAAACCGAAAAAUAUGUAAUCUAAGUUUAUAUUAACUGUACUUUCACGUUAUAAGUUAAACAGAUGCUAUAUUAAACUUUGUCUUGUCAACAUUUUGGAAAUUGUGUUCAUUGAGAUAUUGUUUAAAAUGUUACUUUUCAAAGGUGGUGUACUCAUUUACGCUGAGCACUGCAUAAAGGAAAUGAAAUUGUCAGAUUCGAAUGUUUGGCCAAUAAAAUAUAAAAUCUCUACUGAUUUCUGAAAUUAGUGCAGCAAAAUGGAAAAUUCAGGACUAACUGUGAGGUUGUGCGAUCCAAAAAAAAAUAAUGAGUUUUUGUUGUUUUAUAGUCACUAAUUUGUUGAUUAAAAAAGAACUCCAUGCACAUUUCCUUAUUGAUCCUCAAUUGUGAAAAAAAAUUACGAACAUUAAAUCGUUAAAAACACUAAAUGUUAAAACUCUGCAUUUCGCCUCAGUCUGGAAUCAUCAGUUACAGAUAUAAAGGAAAUGAAAUUGUAAGAUCUGAAUGUACGGCCAAUAAAAUAUUAAAUCUCUACUGAUUUCUGAAAUUAGUGCAGCAAAAUGCCUGAACUUUCUCUAAAGUCUGCAUUUAUUGGGUUUUAUGUUUGUAAAUAUAAUAAUUUGUAAUUUGGUAAUAAUGCUUUGGUUAAAAUGUUUACUGACUCUAAUAAACCCUUAAAAUGUGGAUGUUUCGCUCAGAAAUAUUUCAUUACUAAUAGCCUGUUUUAGUCCUCAGAGAAAUUUGGUUUGUUUUUUCACGUGAUGCGUAUGAGUAGUGAGUGUAACCUAUUUUUGUAGUUAUUGCCCAAAACCUCCACACAGUAAGUGAGAUAUGGAAGAACUAGUGAACAGUAAAGAAUGUGGAGUGCUUUAUGAUCCAAAACCUGCUUUGCUCUGUUUAAUACUGCAAUGCUCCUUAAAAGGUUUUUGUUUGUUUUUUUUGUACAUGUUUAAUGUGUGAAUUCCAGCUAAUUUGAUCAUCUAUUAUCACCCCAAGAAAUCUGGUUUCAUUUAGUUUUUUUUCAAUAUCAACACCAUCCAGUGAAACUUUUAUCUGUAUAUUACUUCUCCAGUUUCCAAAAUGCAUUAUUUUUGCUUUAGUUAAAUUUAAGGAUAAUUUGUUUGCAUCAAACCAUAUAAAUUUAAUUUAUUCAAUUCUGUCAUGACGUCUUGUUAGUUUUUGUAAAUCAGUACCAGAGCAAAACUGAUUUGUGUCAUCAGCAAAUAAAAUGGUUUUUAAUACUUUUAGGUCCCAGCACUGACCCCUGGGGGACACCACAAGUAAUGUCCAAACAUUCUGAACAAUAAACCCCCAGCUGCACAAACUGUUUUGCCCUGAAUCCAUAUUGAUCGUCUAUGAGUAGUUUGUCUUUAUCAAUUAAUUUAUCCAGACGGCUAUUGAAAAGCUUUUCAAGAAUUUUGGAGAACUGUGGAAGUAAAGAGGUCUGUAAUUUGUGAAGUGGUGUGAGUUUCCAGAUUUAUACAGAGGAAUAACUUUUGCUAUUUUCAUUUUCUUUGGGACUGUACCAGACCUGAAUGAUAAGUUACAAAUGUAAGUUAACAGUGUUGAAAUGCCCUCAAUUACCCUUUUUACUACAGUCACAUCAAUAUCGUCACAGUCCGAAGAUUAUUUGCUUUUCCAUUUUAUGACAGGAUCUAGAAUUUAUUUUUCUUUCACUGCUGUAACAAACAUUGAGCUUAGAUUUCUAUCGAUGGAUUUCUAUCAAUCCUUCCAUCCACCCGAUGAUGCUGGAUCAGGGAUUUUACCUGCUAGAUCAGGUCCAGCAUUGACAAAGAAUUUAUUGAAAUUAUUGACGGCAUCAUUCAUAUUCUAAUUUUCUUUGUUGUCCACAUAAACAUAUUUUGAGUAA